AUGGAACUCCUGCCGCUAGAAGCAGGUGCUGCACUGCGGCUAGCAGCUUCCGGUGCAUCAGUAUCGUCAAAGCGUUGCUGCCCUGACGGUCAUCAGCUCUUUUGCUACAUCGUUGCCAGAAGUGCAGCACUCUGUGACACCUGCGAUACCAUGCAAAAGCCUGGAGAAGUGGUUUUUGGCUGCAGCACCUGCGACAGUGAGCUAUGUGCCAAAUGUGCAGUGGAGACCGCCUCAUCUACUGAAGAGGCGGACGAGAGUCGUGAGCUCAUUGCGAGAGUGACCCAGAUGUACUCUGGCGAGAAGUGCACACGCUUUGUCGCCACCCCCAGCGGAGCUGUGCUGGAUACACUGGAUACACAUCAGCAACCUGAACUUCGUGAUAAAGGUCCAGAGGAGAAGCUUGAGAGCUCGACUCAAGCUUCAGACAAAAAAGAAAACCGAGAAGCUGCAAAGCCACCACAGCUGCCUGCAAGGCGCAAGCUUGCAAGCGAGCUCGACGAAUCAACCUGGAAGGGACAGUGGGGCUAUCCGCUACCAAAUGACCAGACCAAUGCGCUGGACAAGCAUCGAGACAUGCUUGGGGCCAUCUUGGAAGAGCAGGAGCGCCUGAUCCAAGCACGACACCUGGAUCAUCGUGAGGUCAAUGAAAAAUACGUGUCCAAAGGCAGCCAGUCCUACGUAGCAGCAAACCCUGAUGCCGGUGCCAAGGAUACCAACUUGAUGGACGAGAAUGCCGCCAAAAUGCGGCCCAGUUGGGCAGUUGAUGGUACAGAGCCGAAAGAUGCUACAGCCGGCGUGCCGUUGGAGAGAACGUUUGAUUUGACACUCACAUUAACUGGAGACUUUGUGGAUGAGCUGGCAAGAGGUUAUUCUCAGCCUUGGUUCCAAGAGCUUCUGAAGCUGUGCAGCGAAGAGUGUGGAGAGGAUCGAGAAAGGUUUAUUUGCCGUUUGCAAGACAUUGCCUUUGAGGUCCAACGACCCAUUCUGGAGAAUUGGGGCUUUGAAGGCAAUGAACAAGGCCUUUUUGAUAUGACAUCCAUCUUGCGGGAGCACUCAAGAACAGCUCCAAACUGGUUGCAAGAGAAGAUUGAUCGCUGUCUUCUAUUGCUCUAUGGCGGUCCAGACGGCAUUCUCGGUCGGGAAUUUGCUGCCAUGGCACAGCGAGAAAAGUCCUUGCUGCAGCUACUUGAAAAGGUCAUGUCAAAGCCUUUGGGGGUUGAAGAUAGUUCAACUCACUUGAUUGACACGGAAUCUAUUUCACGCCAUUUCCUCAGGCGAUGGUUUCGAGCGACGACAUUUUGA